AUGAAAGAAAACAAGACUGCAAUGCAUAAAAAAAAGUCUUCCAUCACUGAUGACCGAAAAACGAGCGUUGCCAAAAAUCCCUUUCUUUUACUGGAAUUUGACGAGGAAAAUUACGACUCGAGUGCCGAACCAGUCUCGAGCGUCGACGAAAUACCGGAAACAUCUCUGACCGCACCAGUGCCGCCAAACCAGUCUAGAAGUGGCGGAGUUACUUUUAAAAAAGUUGCCAAGGCCAUUACCAAACAAAGGAAAUGGUCCACGGUACUGAAGGAAGUACGUCAAUCCGAUGACCAUACUCGUGCUCGAGGAUUUGUUGCUAAUCCCGAAGACGGAGAAGGACGUCUGAGUUUCAACGUUAAUGCUUUUAAAUCUCACGUCCAGUCUUGUGGCUUUUUAUCACCGGCUGUGAAGGAAACACUCAGAGCUCUGUCCUGGAGUAGGACCGAAGAGGAAGUCGAAGUGGUCUUGCAAGUUGUGAAAAAGUUGAAAUGCUUUGGCCGCUAUCCUAUGUACGUCAAAAGGGAACUAGCCAAAGUAUUGUACUACGACAUGUUUGAGAAAGGGAGGGUGGUCAUAAAACAAGGACACGUUGGUGUUUCUUUUUAUUUUAUUGUGUCCGGUUCAGUGAUCGUGGAAAGAAUGGAAGAAGACAAAUUCACUGGUGAACAACAUAAACAGGUCGUGGGAGAAAUGGCAGAGGGAGAUGCUUUCGGAGAGCUUGCUUUGCUUCAUAACAUAAGGAGAACAGCCACCAUCAUAUGCAAAGAAAACUCGGAAUUCCUGAGGGUUGACAAGCCUGACUUUGAUGAGGUCCUGAGAAACAGUCAUCAGAUCGAGUGGGAGAGAAGACUGUCCGUACUUAAUUCUCAACCCAUUCUCAAAGAGUGGGAAAAAACUGAAAUCAGAAAUACAGUUGCACAUACAAAGAUCAGAGAGUUUCCUCCAAAUACGGUUAUUCUGGGCGAUAUGGACGUACCUGCUGAUGACGUGUACUUCAUUCAUUCUGGAAAAUGUAGAGUAGUCAGAGAGAUAACAAUGAUCAAGAAAGAAUCAUCCUCUGGUAAAAUCCAGCUGAAGUUACCACCCAUUAACUUUAAUGAAAACAACAUUGACAACAAUGUAAAGGAACAUGUAGUCAGAAAGUUUCUCAGUGUACAUAUGUUAAGCAAAGGAGACUUCUUUGGAGUAGGUGAGGAUUUGAAGAAGACUUUUAUCAUCUCAGUUGGAAGGGUACACUGUCUGCUGAUUAGUCAACUCAUCUUCAUGAAAAAGGAGAGAGGAAAAAGCCUGGAGGCCAUGAAACAGGGAAUGAACCAAGCAUUUCUAACUCACAAACAAGCAUUCAAGACUUACACUGAGGAUAGAGACUGGAAAAUUUAUAAAAAGAAACUUGUUGAUGAAAUUGUGAGGAGAAGAAAGAGGCCACAUUCCACAACAUAUGACGAUGUUCCUAUUGUUGUAAGAGUUGAAAACAGCCACUACUUUGAAAAAUAA